AAGAAACCAAAACUCGCUGAGCAAAUCUCUCUCUCUCUCUCUCUCUCUCUCUGAUUUUUCGGUUUUUUCUUGUUUGAAAAAAUCAAUGGCGGAGCAGUUAACGGAAGAGCAGAUCUCGGAGUUCAAGGAGGCUUUCAGUCUCUUCGAUAAGGAUGGCGAUGGUUGCAUCACCACCAAAGAACUGGGUACCGUUAUGAGGUCUUUGGGCCAAAAUCCAACUGAAGCUGAACUCCAGGAUAUGAUUAAUGAGGUUGAUGCUGACCAAAAUGGAACAAUUGAUUUCCCUGAGUUCCUCAAUUUGAUGGCAAGGAAGAUGAAGGACACUGAUUCUGAGGAGGAAUUGAAGGAAGCGUUUAAGGUCUUUGACAAGGACCAAAAUGGGUUUAUUUCUGCUGCAGAGCUACGACAUGUGAUGACCAACCUGGGAGAGAAAUUAACAGAUGAAGAAGUGGAUGAGAUGAUCCGAGAGGCAGAUGUUGAUGGUGAUGGUCAAGUCAACUAUGAGGAAUUCGUGAGAAUGAUGCUGGGCAAGUGAGUGCAGGUGGAUAAGACGAAUUCGGAUUAGCUGAACGCUUUAGCUGUUCAGCAGGCCGUGGAAUCAAUGAUAUUCACGCCAUUAAUAAAUUCAUGGGCCCCACUGUAAAGAUGCGGGCCCAAUGUAUUUAAAUACUGGCAUGGAUCCACAGCCCGCUGAACAGCUAAAGCGUUCAGCUAAACCUUGCUCGGAUAAGACAUGCAUAUGGAAAGUAGGCAUACCACGACAUAUAGUAAUACUAGUACAUCUCAUCCUUAGUGGUGAGGCAAACUUUUCAUUUCAAUUUUUUUUUUCUAUCUUUAGCUUGUGGAAUGGAUUUGUAGACCUGGUUUGGUAAUUUGGUUAGCAGAGUUUUUAUUAUUUGGUUGGCAUACUACGACAAUGUUUCAGCCUUGAUCAUUUAGUGAUAAUAUUAAUGGAAUAUCUAUGUAAAAUUUGAAAAUCA